CGAUGAUUCAUUUGCGAACGUAGAUUAUAGAUACAAGCUACCAAAACUUCCUCCGGAGUCUUUGGUCUGCAUCUUCUGAGACAGAUCUUCUUCUAAGACUGUAGUUGUGUAGCGAUCAGGUGUUACACCAGUAGAGAUCAGGAAAAGAUGGGCUUCGAUAGGUGGGGAAAUUGGCACAUCUGGUCCGACAGCUCUGAGAGCGAAACCUAUUACGAUCUCAACGGGCGCCCGAUGAAGAAGAUGAAGACGGCAGCGAUGAAAGCGGCGCCAAUGAAGAAGCCGCCGAAGAGCAAAGCAAGCAACGAUCCUGAGGAUUCGUUAUGAAGUCGUACAUCAGGCAUACAACGUCAAAACAGAUCUUUUGUGGGCUAGGUCAGCGGGAACUCUGUCGCGCCUGCACAGUCCAGGGGUGGCCCUGGGUCUGUUUGUUCCUCCGUUAUCCAGCACCGCCGCUCGUUAGACGGCCGCAUAUAGUUGACUGAUUGAGCCAGGUCGCCUUGAUGUUUUCAUCUCUCUAAACACCGGAGAAAACUCCGACAGCUCCGUGAGCAGCUACUCGCAUUGUCACGGGAUCAGUGCCACGAAAAAAGGAAAAGUAUGUGGCAUGCGAUGGGACGUAACUUAUGAACAGUGCAGAAAUUCUGAAAUAUACAGCCACUCAUGUCUAACCUAACCUAACCUAACCUAAUAUAACCUAACCUAACCUUUAGGCCCACACCUAACCUAACCUAACCUAAUAUAACGAAGAAGAUACUAAUGUUCGUUGAAGGUGAUUAUAUCUUCCCAACUUGAUUGUGCAAACAAGUACAAGCUGUUUCAAUCUUGUGAACAUCAUUGUCAUCAGGUGGCGGGAAGAAAGGUUGCAAUUGAAUGAACACAAGAACUUCAAUAUUUUUUUUAGGAGUGAGUACUUCUUCUAGAUACUGCAAAUUGAUUCUCCUAAGCGACCUUCAUGCCUGGACAGUCGAUUCGGAGACAAGGCUUUUGUGAGAAGCACAUAGACCAGAAAACAGGCGGCAGGAAGGUUCUUCACUACCGAGCUAAAAACGCGACGCCGGCUAUAAGAGCAGAAAAGGCAAAGAGGAAUUAAGACUUCUGAGUUUGUUUUAAUGCAUUUUUUAUUAGUGUCGUAGAGUCCUCUAUUCCAUUAUCUCAAGACGAUCGAUCAUAAUGACAUGCUAGUAUUGUCAAUAUAUAAGAAACAUUUUAAUAAUAUGCUCUUUAUGGUCUGUUUUACGUGUUGCGUUGCCGUAAGGCAUAAUAUCCUCUUUUUGUCUUUAUAGAGGCAGCAUAGCCCACCCACUAGCAUAAAGACUAUCCUCUUUUUGUGGUCUUUAUAGAACAGACUCCCCUUGUCUAAGCAAGAGAAUUCGUGAUCGCCGCGAGCGAAGGAAAUUUGCAAAAGGUGAAGAAAAUUCUGAAGGAGCAUGACAAGCCGGAUAAAGUGAUCAACAAGAGAACCAACGGCGACAGCGCGCUAGCGGCAGCCGCGAAAAAUGGAAAGCAUGAGGUAAUCUAAGUUCCGUUUGCAGCGUAAUCUAUAGGUAAUCUAAGCAUCUAAGUUCCGUUUGCAGCGUUGAGGUAAUCUAAGUUCCGUUUGCGUUUCGAAUGUUUUUGACUUCGUAUUUACUUUUCAACCUGCUAGAUAUAAAGCAUGAUGUGUUGUGUGUUUCAUUUUUAAGUACCUAGUCCUACUAGAUCUUCAUCUGUAGCUCCUUUUGGCUUGUCGUGCCUACUUCUAUCUUCCAUCUUCAACCGACGAUGCAGAGGCUACUUCUGUCUUAUUGUGCUUCUAUCUUCAACCGACGAUGCAGAGGCUACCUCUUGAUUGAUGCUUCUUGUACAGGUUGUCUGUGAGCUUCUGUUGCAAGGGGCCGACCCUCGAUCACACAUGGGAUUGCAGAAUAGAGCAGUAGCAGAUAUCACUGCGGGGAUGAUGGCGGAGGGAGCGCGUGGGAAAUACACUGUCAUCAAUCAAAUGCUGACACUAGCUUCGGACCACAGUUAAGAAAGAAGUUCAAGUUGUAGUAUAAUGGAAGGACUACAGGACGAAGCUUUCAACUACUGAGAAGGACAGAAUGAAGCUUAGAAGGUCAGCUUUUAUCGUCCAUCUUUCUCGGCAUCUUGGUGCCCUUUUGUUUCGCUUGUAUUCUUUUCACGGGAAGAGAAGGGGCCGAGAUGAGGGGAGCGAGAUGGAUAAAAGCUGACGCUAACACAGAGCCGUAAUCGCAUCCGUCAACAAAAGUGAGGCUCCAAUACCCAAGCCUGUCAGGCGGAAGGCCGCCGAUUUGAAAGUAUUAUACUCAAUAUAGACAUGAGAAAAUCAAAAUUGAAACUCUUUCUUGACAGUGUUAGGUACUAGGCUUCCAAGUAGCAUGACAGAAAGCUCUAAUAUCAUAGUGUUAGAAGGUAGACACAUUUCUUUGUCGUGUAGUGUGGGUUUAGGUUUACGUUAGUUUUGCUUUAUUCGCUUCAGCUGCCCGAAUUGAAAGAGCUGCUGAAGACGCUGAAGCUCAAGUGCACGGGUAAUAAAAAUGAGCUGGUGGAGCGUGUUCCGGAGGACGCUCUAGAUGCUGAGUACAAUACGAAGCUACAGGCUUACGACGAACGGGUGCAAGCGGCGAGACAGCGCAAACAGAACGCACAAAACGAUCCGGUAUAUCUGUCUGUAGUCGACAAUAUCAGGAGAGUGUGCAUGGGAUCGAAAGCCACGAACACGUCAACAAGCGUUGGUGGCCCGGCCUCGUCCUCGACUGCAAAAGCAUCUUCACCAAUGCUAGCUGCGACAGCUCCUCCUGCAAAGAAGAAUUAUGGUUGCUGGAUUCUUUGAUUAAGUACUUUGUUGUUGUUGUUGCAUCAUCCGGCCAUCUAUCAUGCUCACUUCAACAUUAGAGCUAGAACUUUAUAAUAUCCGGAACUUUACAUCCUUAUCCAGAACUUUUUAUGCAAGGAGCAAAGCCAAAGGUAAAGACUCUUUUCUUUUGACUUAUAAAAGUGUUAUUUUUUUUUCAUAGUGGGCGGCGUGCAGCUGCAACAUCCCCUGGAGGAGGGUCCUCUUCGUCCUCCGACAUAUCGAUUUCCUCUUUGAGCGGAAAAGGUGCAUCCGCGGCAACUUCAUCCGCGAAAAAAGGUGCGAAGGCUGGAGGGAAGGGAAAAGCUUCGUCGCUCAAGACUGCUUCCGGUACCCUGCCUGUGAUCAAACAGAAUGGGAGUACUUCUUCAAAAGGAGCCACCACGUUGAGUAAAGGACCAUCUUCAAGUCCGAAGAUUGCCAAAGGUGCAACUGCCACAUCAAGUAAAACAGCGACUACGCAGAUGCCCCAGAGUGCAAAAGGCACUACGACAUCAAGUAAAACAGCGUCUUCGAGUUCCAAGACUGCUACGUCAAAUAAUAAAGGUGCAACUACUACUAGUGCAAAUUUAGGUAAAACAACGGCGAUGAAAGCAGCUCCGACAACGUCACCAUCAACUGCUUCUUCCAAGGGAGGCACCGGGAAGGCAACUGCCUCCUCCAAGGGAGGCACCGACGAGAAGCCAACGCCAACCACAGUGACACAAGGAGGUAAAAAAGGUGCGAGAAGCAAGACCGCUGCUUCGGAGCCGUCGCCGCAGCUGAUGAAAGGCCCUUUCGAUGAAGGAUCUAGAACGGAUAAAACUGAUGUAGGCAAGGACACGACUGCAAAAGAAGUGCUGGAAACGGACACUGCUGGACAAACUGUGCUCGGCAAAAAGGACGUUGCUGUUGAGGCUAAGGCAGAA